CCACGGUGGAGCAAAAGAUAAGCUGAUAAGGUAGCAGUAGUAUCUCCAGCACUCGCGCCAGCGCGGUCUAGUCCAACCUCGGCUGCACAGCCCGAAGAUCAUGGCAAGAGCUUGCAACCAGCCGCUGAGGCUGCAGCCGAACCCGAUCACGACGCAGUUCCCAUGCAACCGAAGCCGCGCCAGGUGCAGAAACUUCGCCGUUCAAGCGCGGCUUCCGACUGAAGACGAUGCUUACCGGACUGAGCCACUGAAGAAAGCCCAAGUUACACAGAGCCUCCGAAGGAGCCGCCGGAGGGGAACCGGCGCGCGGCAGAGCCUCGUCUCCGUCGGAACGUCGUGCGGGGGAGGGGAUCAGUGGAGCAGCGAGUUCGACCUGACGCUGCGGCAGCUGCACUUGGACGACCUGAUCGAGGACGGGCAGACGGAUGCUGAUGUCCUCGUGCACCUUCUGGUUCAGCAGCACACUCAGUUUGGGAUGUCGAUAAAAGGGCGAGUCCUCACAUCGUUCAGAAAAAUAUGUGACUCCUGCUCCUCGCCCUACUGCACAGACAUCGAUGAGCACUUCGAUCUCACGGUUCUGUCCUCAUCCAGGAAAAAUCAGAGUGGGCUGCCUGAUCUCGGUGACAGCGAUCCAUCGGUCAUCUAUGUGAGACCAGGAGAAGAGAUUGAUCUAGACUCGGUAAUCCAAGAGACUGUACGAUUAACGGCAUCGGCUAAGAGUUCUUGUUCGGAGGCCUGCGAAAAGUCUACGGUUGUAUGGCAAUACGCUGGUAACCAGAAGAAGAAGAGUUCCAGCCAAAGGUGGUCAAAACUUCUUGAUCUGAAGAGAACUCUGGAUAAAGCGGCUAACUGAAAUACUGCACAUCUCUGAGGUACCAAGGGAAUUUCAUCCUAUAAUGCUGCAUGCAGCGGAUACUACUGCAAAAUGAUGCUGGAAUGCAAAUCGCUACCACUUGCUCAGCCAGAAGGUAGUUGGGUGAUUUGCAGCCUACUGGCUAUAUGAUUUGAAUGGUAUAUAUGUGAAUCUAAGAUGAUCAUGUGUAAUGUAAAGAAUAAAGAUCAAGGGGCAUGAUUACCCAGUGGCUGCUCA